AUGGCAUCCGCAAUAUCUUCUGUUCAAGCCGCAGUAAUCAACGGUGCGGUCAAUACGAACUUUCAUCAUUAUGCUCCUGAACGGCUAGAAACUCCACCGAACCCGUCGGUCGUCAUACCCUUCAGUUGCGGCAGUGAUUUUGUCGAGCGAGGGGCAAUACUCGACCAAAUCUACGAGAAAUUCACUGCCUCAGGUUCUCGAACUGCGCUUGUUGGUCUAAGCGGCGUCGGUGUGCACAUUCUCUUUUCUCUUUAG